UUUCACUUUAUUUUUUGUUUGAUUUUCACGCAAAUUACAGAAUUAUUGUUAAAAUUAUUUUUAAUUUAUGACUUCAUUUCACGAGAAAAUAUUAUGACGAUCAUGGUGCGGAGAAUAGUGGGCUGGUUUGGACUAAUUUCCAUAAUAUUGACGGGUUUGCUAGGUGUUGGAUGGUAUUUAACAAUUCUUACUUUUAUUGUUACGUUUCUGAUAGGCGUGGUUACAAUUUUAUAUCUCAAUUAUGAUAGUAAAAAAAUAUUUACUGUGGAUUUAGACAAUUUGGACGACCCAUUGCAACAGACAAAUUUUUCGAUCCGACUACCAAAAGUUUUAGAAUUAUUUCAGUCAAACGAUUCAUUACCUAAGUUUGAUAAUAGAAUCACAGGCAGUGAGACGGUCGACUCUUUUAUAAAUGAAAUAAUAAAUAUAAUUGUUAGUGAUUACGUCACGCCAUGGUACGAAAUAUUGACCAAUGAUGAGGAGUUCACCAAUUAUUCUAUUAAACGAUUGGUUUUGGCUACAGGAGUCAAUGUCUCCAACAGGGUCAAAAGUGUGGACUGGAUCUACCUCCUCGCAAAUAAGUUCCCAGAGGAGCUGACGAUGCAUCUCAAGCUGUUCAAACAGUCCAAAGUUAGGCUCAAACACAUACAGCUGUUGAGUGCUAAAGAAGCCAAAGAUAUGACUAACGGUAGUUCUAAACCAAGUCCCAAAAAGCAAGAGGACAAGAAAAUGCAUAGGAGGAAUAAGAGUGAAACGGACUUGUCGUGGCCUCCUGAUUCACAAACUUUUGGAAAGUCAAAAUUUUACGGUAGUAACGAAAGUUUAAAUGGUAAAACGCUGACAGAUCUUUUUUUCGAUCUGGAAUGCUCUAUAGAGAACAGGCAAAUCUGUAGAGAUACGUUUUGUAUUGACACAGAACGCGAAUAUGCGUUGCUCUGCGAAGUGUCAGAGGCCAUCCUCUACUUGGUGGCACCCGAAGAAGCGUGGAAAUGUCACGCUCUAAAGAUAAUAUUAAUCGAGCUGCUGUCCGCUGUGGUAUUGAGGCCACUGAUCAAUCUACUGAGUGACCCGGACAAUAUAAACAGGACCAUUAUACGAACUUGCUGUCGGGACUCCAGUCUGCCUUCCGAGGUAUUCCUACUAGUUAUAAGAUGCUGCGGGGACGCCGAAGAGUUGGACGCCACAUUGGAGCUAGUCCAGAAGGAUAUACAGAAACUACAUUCAAGAGACAGUGUAGGCGAAUGGGAGUUUCAAGACCGCCAAAAGCUAUCGUCAUUACAGUACCUCACAAGAAUCAUACAAGCCAGGAGAGCAACUUUGGGACCUCAGGAAGGUGCUACAAGUACUGGGAGCACAGAAAAAGUGUCGGAAGAAGUUUCGAGAACACUAAAGUUUUUGAGAGCGACUACAGCGUGGAGAUCAAAUGCGCAAUACUUACUUGAAAUAGAACUGAACGAAGCUGACGCAACUCACACAUCAAAAGCGGUCAUAGACAACCUCAGGUCGUCGGCCCUCGAGCUCUGUGAUCUAUACCUGUCUCCAAACAGACCCCCAGUCAUAGGAAUACCUGAGAACUGUUAUUCGGAACUGGUGAGGAAGAUCAACACAGAUGGGGAAGAAUUCACAAAUAGCCCAGUGUUGUGUUUUGAUGACGUGCAAAAAUGUGUCUGCGAUGCUUUGGAGGAUGAUCCAUCUUGGCAAGCUGAUUUUAUGAUGGACGCUGAUGAAAACCAAGAAAAGAUGAGCUAUGAGACUAAAAAAGAAGAGAAAAAUGAUAAGAAAUAUACUGGCGAAAUGUUGCCCGUACCUGGAUCGAGGCAUAACCGAUCACGAUCAGACAUUGUGGGUAGUUUUGCUCAGAAGAUGAUCAAUGAGAGUGCAGGCCCAUCUAACAUGGCGUCGGCUAACGCGAGCAAUCUGUCGCUGUCACAUUCCGAAAUUAGUCAAAAUGCUAAAAAUCUGAUGUCUCCAUUAUCAGCGUGUAUCAUUGAAACAGCUCUCGUCCAAGACAAGGGUCGUGCAUUUGGGAUAUACGCUAUAGCAGUGACUAGAUUGUCUGACAACGAGCUCUGGCAUAUCUACAGGAGAUACAGUGACUUCCACGAUUUGCAUUCGUCGAUCAAAGACAAGUGGCCAGAACUCGGCAACCUUCCGUUCCCAGGCAAGAAAACGUUCCAGAACACUUCCCGAUCAGUCCUGGAGAGCCGUAAGCGAAUGCUCAACAACUACUUGCAAACGCUCGCGAACCUUGCUCGCGAGACGCGGUAUAUGGCGCUGCUGUCGCAAGACUACUUAGGCGGUUUCUUGAGUCAGGAGAUACAGACUGAGAAACAUAUUAAUGCGCUCGAUGUACUGUUUGUGAACCCAUUAAAAGCUGGAAUGAGGACGCUGAAAAACAUGCCCGAUCAGUUUGCGAACACUGUUGAUGGAGUUAUGGACGGUAUCUCAAAAGUGUUUCAAGGCAAGAGUGAGAAUUCCUACGAUGGUUUGAGAAGCGGCAACUCUUCGGAUGGCCAAGACGAUGGCGACGAAAGUAUGGCCCUUAAGUUACUUGAAGAAGUGCUCGGCAUCAGAGGCCUAUGGCUUCGACGUCGGUUACUCGCGCCCUUACGAACGCUUAUAGCAGACAGAGUCAAUAAAAAAGUGUUCGAGCUCGUAACGGAUGUCACGUCCCCAAGAAAUGUAGUCCAGUAUUUAAAGUCAUUCAAGCAAUGGCUGACCUUUCGUCACAAUGCAAGUUAUAGUAAUCGUGAUACAGCCACGAAGGCUAGAACGAGAGUUGCCGCGAAAGUGGCUCUGCUUGCCGCUUGUUCAGACGACUUACGUCACAUAGUGGGUUCGGACACGGCGCGGCGCGGCUUGCUGACGGUGUUCGAUCUAUUCCAAAACCAAGAGAUCAACAGGCGACUUAUAUUCGUUUUACUUGAAGGUAACCAAACAUUUUAUCAUUAUCAUCAGUUCAUUUACCCUGAGUUGCACCAUCUUAACUAUAACAAACGUCAAAAGUCUCUCAACUCAGCCUGUCUCCACUAUAGAAAAGGAAGGAAGAUUUGA